AGUGGCAGGAGGUGAAGGCGCUGCCCGCGCUGAGCGCCGCCCGGCCGGCCCUGCUGCACCGCCUGGCACGACAGGCCUCCUUCGACAGCCAGGACUUCCUCGAGGUCAAUGUUGAAGACACCGUCGAGAUGCUGCCCAAGUCGCGGCGYGCGCUGACCAUCCAGGAGAUCGCCGCCCUGGCCCGCUCCUCGCUGCACGGCAUCUCGCAGGUGGUGAAGGAGCACGUGACGAAGCCGACGGCCAUGGCGCAGGGCCGCGUGGCCCACCUCAUCGAGUGGAAGGGCUGGUGCAAGCCCGAGGAGCCGCCCGCCGCGCUGGAGAGCGCCUUCCGCUCCUACUGCCACCUCAGCGAGGGCGAGCAGGAGGCGCGCUUCGCCGCAGGCGUGGCCGAGCAGUUCGCCAUCGCCGAGGCCAAGCUGCGCGCCUGGUCCUCGGUGGACGGGGACGACUCCAACGACGAGUCCUACGAUGAGGACGUGGCGCCCUCGGCAGAGAGCCCCCAGGCGGCCGAGCCAGCCGCGCUGCUGCGCGACCUCCUGCACAGCCACUGGUGCGAGCUGGGCGCGCGGCACGGCUCCUGCGAGCCCGAGAGCGACUCCUCGCGCACCCUCUCGCCCGAGACGCUCUGCUCGAGCCUCUGCAGCCUCGAGAUGGUGUCGCCCGCCGAACUCACUGCCAAGCUGCUGGGCUCCCUGGCGGGCGAGGACCUGCUGCUGCCCCCGCUGCCGCCGCCGGGCAGCCAAAGUGCCUUGCGGGGCCUGGCGCGGCUGCGCCGCCGGGACCCCCUGUUCGCCGUGCCCUGCCUCUCGCCCGCCGACGACGAGCUGCUGCUCGGCAAGGACUUCCCGCUGCGCCGCAAGGUCUCCGACGUCGCCUCCUCCGGGGUGGUGUCGCUGGAGGAGGACGAGGCCGAGGCGCCGUGAGGAGCCGYGCGACGGGCGACGGCACCGUGGCCCCGUCC